UCAACCAGUCAAUUUACGUAAGGGGUCACAUAUUUUAGUUUGUCAAUAAGCAGAAAAUGAUGGCGACUCUUUUCAGGCAUGGCGUUUCUAAAACGGCUCGAAUUCUCACACCGCAAAACGACAUCCUUAAGUGUUACGCCACGAAAGCUGAGAAGAGAAAGGGCCUAGACAGAAAACCUACUCCAAAAUUAAACCCUACAGCUCAAUUCAUCGCUUCAAAAGGUUUUCUUCGAGCUCAACGCGAAUAUGUUCCACCGCCUGAUUUGGAAAGCAGUUUAACACAGAUAUUCAAAGACGUAUUGGGCAAAAGCGAUCUCAACACCGAAAUUGUCGAUUUAAAUCAGAAAUUUCAAUUGCUCACAGCUUGCUCCCAGAAAUUCGGUCAUAGUAUUCCAAAUUCACUUUUACAUCAAAUCGGUACCCUGAAAGAAGUUUUAACAUUUUAUGCAACACCAGUUGACUGUCGAACACCUUUAGAUAAAUUGAGGACUAUGGAGCUUCCAGAGAAUUUACAUGUUCAAUUUGAGUAUAACAGAUGGCAUCCAGAAACUGAUACAAAGUUUGAUGGCCAAACAGCGUUUCCAGAGAGUUCCACUAUCGUGACUGGUCUGAAAUAUAAAGAUAAAUACAAAGGACACGUACAGAAAAUACGAUUCCCUCAGUACUA